AUGCCUCCAGCAUUAGUCAGCUCGCCAGAUGAUUUAGUCGAGUAUAACGUCGAUGGCGCCGAAGCAGUCGAAAAGAACCCGAAGCCGGGGUAUUUGGAGCGACAUAUCCAUAGCGAGAUCUACAAGAGGUUUCCAGCAGUCAACAGUGUAGUUCACAGCCAUGCUAGCGAUGUUCUGCCAUAUUGUGUUAGUGGUGUACCACUAAAGAACACCAUUCACAUGGCUGGUUUCUUAGGCACCAAUGUACCCGUAUGGGAUGCCUCGAGUCACUAUCCCUCUGACUCGAAACAUGAUCUCCUCAUCCGCGACAACAUACUCGGCGCCUCUCUCGCAGCAGCCUUCAAGCCUGCAACGUCCACCGGGUUCAUCUACUCCAAAGUACGCUCUGCACUGCCCACACAGUUCGGCGGCGCGUCCUCAGAACCGAAAAUGGAGCCUGAUCACGCUGUCGUCCUCCUACAAGGACAUGGUUUCACAACGGUCGCGCAUGGCAUCGAGGAAGCGGUGUACCAGGCCAUCUACACGAAAGAGGCCGCAAAGGCACAGACGGCCGCUUUGACCAUUUUGAAUGCACAUACAGGCUAUGCGCUCGAGGGCAAGGUCGACGUGGAGUCCGGUGGGAAGAUCAAGUCGGGUCAUGCGAAGGGUGAGGGCGGCGCCCUGAAGUAUCUGAGCGACAGAGAAUGUCAUGAUGCAUGGGAAUCAAUAUCAGCUACGCUUACGAGGCCUUGGGCGCUUUGGUGUCGCCAGGUGGAGGUCAAUCCGCUGUACAAAAACGAGUGUCCUACAGGCGUGGAUUGAGCGGUCGAAGCUUUCAUUCGGUCUACGAAGGCCCUACAGCGGCAUCAUUAUGUACCGAUCUCACCCGAAAUUCUAAUGUGGAAGAACGGACUCAACAUGCUGGCCAAAGUUUAUGUUACAUCAACAUUCACUCGGAUCCACUCCCGUCGUCCAAAAUAGCCCCCCCCCCUCUUUCUGAUGUGAGAACAGUGUUAGCUUGCGGUCACGCUUACCAAAAUUAACUUUUCAACUGCGGAGUCGUCCAGCAGCGCAUC